CUCGCCGACUCGCCGCGCGCCGCCCGCCACUUUUUCCCUGAGUACUUGAGUAGUAGAAGCGUCAAGUCAAUAACGUUUUGCAAACGCCGAAAGUUUGUUGAAGUUCUAUUGAUAAACCGUUUCUAUAUGAUUAUUCUCCAAUAAUGGCUGGUAUUAAAUCUCUUGCCGUUAGAGGCAUACGAAGCUUCGGUCCCGACAAAAACGACGAACAACGCAUCACAUUUCAAACCCCUUUGACGCUUAUAUUGGGUCAAAAUGGUUGCGGUAAAACCACGAUUAUUGAAUGUUUACGCUACGCUAUCACGGGGCAAAUGCCUCCAGGUAGCAGUGAUGAGUGUUUUGUGCAUGAUGCUAAAGUAAAUAAAUCAACAGAAGUCCUAGGAGAGGUCAAAUUGGAGAUCUUAGCUGCAAACGAUGAACAGCUGGAAGUGACCCGCGCCAUGCGUGUGACUGCCCUGCCGGACCGCAAGGUCAAGUUCCAGACCCUGAGCUCCCAGUUGCGGCUGACCAAUGAACAUGGCGAGUCUAGGGAUGUCACGUUGGAUAUGGAUCUGCGGAUGCAUAAUGCUCUUGGUGUCUCCGAUGCCAUCUUGAACUCCGUCAUAUUCUGUCACCAAGAAGACUCUACUUGGCCGCUAGAUGACGGUCAGAAAGUCAAAGAGAGGUUUGAUGAGAUCUUCGAUUCAGAGAAGUACAGCGAGUGCUUCGAACAUCUGAAAAAACUGAGGAAGGAAUACAGCCAUGAUAUUAAAUUGCUUGAACAAGAAGUAGACCAUCUAUUUGAGAAGAAAGAGGAGUUAGAAAAGAAGAAGCUUGACGUUGAGAGCAUAGAGACACUGAUCACCGAAGCCAAUGCUAAAAUAGAAGAGCUUUCCAAGGAGUUGGAGGAGGUGUCCGCUAAGUUGGAAACUAUUAAGACUAUGGAGAAGAGCAUUGUGGGUCUUGAGAAUAAGAGGGAUAAGAUUAAAGUCAAGUUGGAGAAUUUCCAGACUCAAGAAAAGGAAUUGAAGAACGCCAUCAAAUCAUUAUUUGAAGGAACUGUUGAAGAAUUAAAUCAAAGCAUUGCAACCCACGACCAAACAGUAAGAGACAAACAAAAGGAGCUAAUAGAGAUCUACGAAAGGAAGUCGGCCUUCGACAAAGAGAGAGAAAAGAUAGAGAAUGAGAUGACCUACAACAAGGUUAAACUGAACGAGUUUAACUUCCUAGAGAACCAGAAUAAAGAGAAGGUUGACAGGAGGAACAAGUUGAUUGAAGAGGCAUUGGUGUUAGCUGAAUUGGAGUCAAAGGAGAUAAAGUCCGAAGAAGAAGCCGAUAAGGCCAUCAAAGAUCUACAACAGAAAGUUAAAGAGCUGAACAAGGAUCUGACCACUACCCAAUCCCAGGCUGACGAUGAGGCAAACAAGUUGCAGUCUUACGUCAACGCUUGUAGAGAUGCUCUGUCACGACACAACGAGAAGAUAUCAAACAAAGAGCUGGACAUAGAAACGGCCAAGAAACACAUUCUGAAGAAGGACAACGAGAUAAAUGACGCUAACGUGUCGCGGUCCAGGCUCGAUGAGAUCGAGGCCAAGUUGAAGGCGGCUGAGCAGGAACAUCAGGCUGCCAUAGAUGAGCUAAACACUGAAGAUCUACAGAAGGAAAUGAAUGAAGAUGAGAAAUUGAUUGAACAAAAUGAAAAAGAGCUUGACGAAUUGAAUCAGAAGGUGACCAAACUCCAAAAGCAAAGCGCCAAGAUCGCCGAACGCGACACCAUAGACCGCUCAAUCAAAGACAAGCAAGAACAGCUAUCCAGUCUAUUAUCAAAACACAGCGCGACCAUCACAGAGCUGCUUGGUACCUUGCCGGAGGAGAACUUUGCUGUUGCGGUGAAUAAGGUUGAAGCGGAGUGGAAAGCGGAGGUGAAGAGUAGCAAGCAGAAGCUUAAGGAGAAACAGAAGGAGUUAACCAGCCUGGAAGCGGAACGCAAGACAGUAGGCGAGAUGCUCUCAGAGAAGCGCGCUGAGAUCGUCAAAUCGGACGCCAAGAUCAAAAAGGCUUGCGGCAACCAGACAUAUGAUGAGACCCUUAAGGAACUCACUAGUCUAGUUGAAGAUUUACAGGAAAAACAAGCCGUACUGCAAGCAUCAACAGUCGUCAUCGAUAAGUACAAGAGUUUGCUGAAAGACACCAACUGUUGUCCGCUGUGCAACCGGGGUUUCAACUCGGACCUCGAGGUGACGGACCUCAUAUCCUCGCUAGGAAAGCAGGUCUUGAACGUUCCUGCCGAACUGGAGAAGGUGACAGAGGAGCUACAACGCACUUCAGCAAAGAAGGACGACCUACUCGCACUCAAGUCUGUCAAUGGGAAGAUCUCGAGCUUGAGAGACAAGGAGAGGGAUAUAGAGACGAGGCUAGAGGGACUUGAUGGGAGAAUCAAAGCCCUCCAAACAACAGUUGAAGAGCUCACAGCAGUGCUAAAAGAACCUGAGCAAAAACUGCAAAACCUCAAGCAGAUAUCGGGAGACAUGCCGCUCUUGGACCGCUACAAAACUGAGAUCGCCAUAUCUACCAAGAAAUUGGAUGACAUCCGCUCCCAAUGCGACAACGGAAUAGACACCGACAUGACUCUAGACGAAGCGACCAGCCGGCAGCGCGACCUCCGACACGAGACCAGCACGUUGCGGACCACGGUCCGAACCAGUCAGAAGAAACUCAACUCUCAUGUUCGCAAGCUGCAAACAAAGUCUGAUGCCAAGAACAAACUGAAGGAGAAAAUGCUCAAUAUACAGAAGAAGGGAAAUACUCAAGACAAUGGACUAGACACCGACAUGACUCUAGAAGAAGCGACCAGCCGCCAGCGCGACCUCCGACACGAGACCAGCACGUUGCGGACCAGCCAGAAGAAACUCAACGCUCAUGUUCGCAAGCUGCAAACAAAAAGUCUGAUCCCAAGAACAAACUGA